CCCUCCGUAAGCCUGUUUAGCCCGCUCGGAGUCCCCCAAAGGUCUGUUCCCCAUCUUAUCCUUCUCACAAGGGAAAUAACUGGAUCUGGCGCUGAGUGUCAUAGUAAAAAUAUGAUUGACUGUCGACAUGUUCAUCUCGUGGUCGUUGAACCCUGGCCCUCCAACUUCCCCCGACUCAGAUUCGUCACCUCCGAUGACAUCCCAGCCCAGAAUCCGGUCCCGCAGCGGUUGUCUUACGUGUCGUCGGAGACGGGUCAAAUGCGACGGUGCGUGUUGUCCAUUGCCUCUCAUUCUCCGGUGCGUACAGAAGCUCAUCCAGUAUGUAUGCGCUGCCAACGGUCGAAGAACCAAUGCAACUACGGGGUUCGCCUUCAAUGGGAGGAUGAUAUGCGGGCCGCGGGGAAAUGCCAUGGACGAACCGGGAUCGUAGCCAGAAGGGGUUCGCUUCGAUGCAAAGAAUCUGAAGAGGACGAUCAACUUCCGUCUUCGAAGCGGAUCGAACGCAAAGAUCAACUUGGUAGCGACGGGGAAUCCGCAUUGAUCCUCACUCCACCCUCUUCGCACAGCCCACUGCGGGCCGCGACGUCAAAAAGCGUUUCUUUUUUGACCCGAGACACAUAUCAGAGUCAGUAUCAUUACUGGAAAGAAAGCAAGGUCCAGUCAUCAAAUACCAAUUUCCGAACCUUGCCUUGGACCCUCGGUGUACCCGAUGUUGAUGAUGUGUGCUUGUCGUUUUACGAGUCGAUGAUGUGCCCUGCUGCCGUUACUAUCGACAACGAGGAAACCAAUCCUCUUCGCAAUACAGUAAUGCGCAUGGUAUUUCGGUCUGAAUUGGCAUAUUAUUCUGUACUCAUGACCAGCGCGCAGUACCUGAGAUCAAUCGAUAGUCGCUUUGAACUAUUUGAAAUGCAGGUCCGGCAAAGGGUACUCAAAGGCUUGCGUCAAGCGUUAGCGGAAAGUUGUUUUGAGUUUGAAGACGUGCUGCUGCCGACUAUAUUUCUCUGCUCUUCGGCUGUAUGUAAUCUCCUCGGUCUUGGUAUUCUCAUGAGUGUCAGUAUUGACUCGCCGCAGAUAUCCCACAGCUGUGACGCCUCUUGGGUUCGCCACCUGACAUGUUUCCAGAUGGUCAUCAAGCAGAGGAUUCGUCGCCACACAAAAACAUAUGUGCCGCAACUUUUCAUGAGUUACUUCUCGGCGCAUCUGGUGCUGGCAAAGUCCCUUUUCCCAAUUGACAAGGUACUACCAGCUUUAGAAGUGCGGAACGAUCCCUCGUCACCUGUAGAAGAAGGGACUUGCUGGACAUCUUCAGAGUCACUGUCCAAGGCCAUGAAGCCGGAUACGCUUCGCGAAAUUGACGUGUGGAAUGGCAUGAGUAACCGCAUGCUCCUGCUUAUUAAUGAUAUAUUGAGCCUCAAGGAUGAUGUGCAGGUCAUGUAUGGAGAAGGGUUCGAAGUUGAAGAGAGACGAAGCGCCAUCGAGGCCAAAAUUAUCACUUUACAAAGGAAUCUCCAGGACACAACACAUUUGCUCCCUGAAUCACUGCGACGAUGUCAGGAUUCCGCCGAGGUUGUCCAUAGGCGUCGUCUUCUUGAGUACACUGGCGAAUCCUAUCGUCUUGCUGCGUGCCUGCUUCUCUCAGAAGCGUCCACGCCAGCUUUCCUCGGCUACACCAGUGAACACAGUCUGGGGUUGGAUGCAACGCGGAAGCAGCGCCAUGUCGACUAUAUCCUAUCUCUGGUAGAAUCAGUAGUCUCAUCGCUGGAUCACCUCCCAAUCUCCUGGCCUUUAUGGCCACUUUUCAUUGCCUCGUGCUGCAGUACGACCGUAUCUGAGAAAGCACGGGCCUUGGCACAAUUCCAGGCAGCUCAGGCAAAAGCCCCGUAUGAGAACACGGUACGGGCACAGACAGUUGUUGAAUUACUGUGGCAGCGACGUGAGCUUUAUGUGGCAGGGGAGAGAACACGAACCGGUCGGUUUGAGUGGGAGUUGGUGAUGGAAUUCCUGGGGUGGCAGACGAGCUUCGCCUGA